AUGUCCGGCCAAUACAUGAACCUCAUCUCAGACACAGAAUCUGAAUCCGAAUCUGAUGGUGGCAUGCAACUCGACAACAUAGACCGUGCUGACGGUAUACCAAUGUACGACAGAAGUGAAGGUGCCCAACUUCAACUUCCAAACAUCGAUGGUAUACCAAUAUCCCGCUCUGUAUCAGAUGAUGGUGAUGAUGGUGAUGAUGAUGGUGAUGGUGAUGAUGAUGAUGAUGUUUGGGGCAUGAACGGAGACACGUCAAAUGGAUCCGACACGGGAAGAUUCACCGGCCGCGCCCAAAACCCCCUCACAACAUCAUACAACCGCGCCGGCCAAGACGCCAUACCAGAACCCCAAACCGCCUUCGAAAAGGAUGCCCGCACACACUCACAUCUCCGCGACGAAAAACACGCCGCACUGGCCGUCCUCAUGGACAGUGAAUUGUUAGUUACAUAUGCGCUUGCCUCACGAGAAACAAUCCCCCAAACUCGCCGCCGUUUCCUGGCAAAAUAUCUCGCCCCCAACGACCCAGUAAAAGCAGAACUGCUGUAUAACCCACGGUUCUAUAUCGCGCCUGAUGGGAAGGGCGGGGAAGGGUCGCUCAUUCGUGGUCGGUACCGGGAGGUUAUUGGGGACAUUAACGAUCAUAAUUGGCAUAAGCCGGGGCAUUUGAGGUCGAUGGAUGCGAAGAAGGCCAAAGGUGGUGGUUUGCGCUCUGGUUCGGCUUCUAGGUCUGUUUCGGGGGCGAAUUCGCCGAGGGUUUCUGAGGGUGUUGGGUUGGGAGGAGGAGGGGGCGCUUCGUUGGUUGGGAGGGGUUUGCGUCCUGGUCGGCGUCAGAGUCAGAGGGUGGAGGAUGAGGAUGAUGACCUAUGA